AUGCUAGCCUGUCUGCAGAGGAGGCAAAACCCCCCACCCCAGCACCCGGUGUGUGCCAGCAAGACCCUGGAGCCACCACAAGCCCUUGGGCGAAAAUGUGAGCUGGCGGUUCCCAUGCAUUCCCCCCGCUACCCCACUGUGGCAGAACUUGAUGCCUAUGCUCAGAAGACAGCCAACAAUCCUUUGUCUAUCAAGAUCUUCCCCACUAACAUCAGGGUUCCCCAGCACAAGCACCUUAACCGGACUGUGAAUGGAUAUGAUACAACAGGACAACGCUAUAGCCCCUACCCACACCUCCACACUGGGGGCUACCAGGGUCUGCUAGCCAUUGUCAAGAACUCUUCCUCAUUAUCAUCAUCCUCCUCCACAUUUGUUCCCUCAAAAGGUGUCCUCAAGAAUUCUGAAGGCAGACGGACUAAGCUCUCUCCAGCUCACAUAGCUGUUGCCCUGUACCCACCCCCUAAUAGUAGCACUUUAGCUAAUGGCCACGGCCAAAUGGUAUACCACACUGGCCCCUCAAAGCCCCCAGAAGGCCCUGGGCUGUCAAUUCCCCCUAAUGUAACUGUGGCUAGCUCAGUGAUUCCCAUCACAGGCGGGAGGGGCCUGGCCUUGCCUGCACAGUCCAACCUCCCCUCCAUACAGAGCAUCAUCUACCAGAUCAACCAGCAUUGCCAGGCCCAAGCUCUGCAGCAGGUGUGCCAGGGAGCUGCCACCGCACCUUCCAAUCUCAGCCCUUCCAAGCAGGGCACUGCUGUCAUGGGGGUGUCGUCUAGCUCCUCAGGUGGAGGUUACGUGACAGGGAUAGCUCCCCAGGCUAACCUGUUGUACGCUGGGGCUGGGCUGCCUGCGCAAAGUGCAGAGGCAAUGAAAGGUGCAGCUUACCCAGACAGCAUGGACUACAUCCUCUGGCAGAAACAACAACAACAACAACAGCAGCAACAACAGCAACAACAACAACAACAGCAACAACAACAGCAACAGCAACAACAACAGCAACAGCAGCAGCAGCAGGCAGUGCUCCGCAUGUACAGCGGAGGCAGUGGAGGAGGCAGUGCAAUCAGCAAGUCUCCUGAAACCUGUGCUCCAGGUGGAGGGAUUAUGGCUGCCCAAGUCUCCUCCUCUUCCAAUAGACUUUACCACCUGACAGCGAGUGCCAGUGGAGGAGGUGGCCUGGACAAGGUCAGCUCCUCCCCUUUGAACUGUGUGGGUAUGCAUGGCAACUUCUCAGUGGGUCAGUACUUUGCUCCUCCUUGGAACAGUGUACUGGUGACCCCAGACAGUGACUGCUACAACCCCCAGGAGCUGUUAGGGACCUCUACAGGAGCACCGGCCACAGGCCACAGAGAGAUGGGCUACCCCCAUCACCAUCACCAUUACCACCACCACCACCAUCACCACCCUGCCAUAGACAGCGGGGGAGGUCUGUGCUGCAGUCUGCCCAGCAAGAGCCUGUGUAACACCUCUGUGCUGAGCAGCAGCCUGCAGUCCCUUGAGUACCUGAUCAACGACAUCCACCCACCCUGCAUCAAAGAGCAGAUGCUCGGCAAAGGCUAUGAGACUGUGUCUGUACCACGUCUGUUGGACCACCAGCAUGCACACAUCCGCCUCCCCGUUUACAGAUAG